CCCCGCCCACUUGCGUCGAUGUUACCUGCUUUUCUACGAAAGGAAAGUAGAUGCAUCGCUCGUCUAGCGGGCAAUAGACGUGUUCACUUGAGUCUGCCGCCUGCUUGAGGAGGUUCUUUCUGCUGCUCGAGGAUCUGCGCUCUUUUCUAAGAAUGUUGCUGAUCCUACCCGUACUGACGACGGUGGUGGGCGUGGCAUCGGGGUUCAGCAGCGGGAGCGUGGGGUGGGCGUGCGACUCGAUGGCCCCGGGGCAUCUGCUAACGUCCGCCGAGAAAUCGCCUUCGCCUUUUGAGGUCUACGCGGAGGAAUACGAGGCGGGAUACUACCUAGUGACGGCAUUUGGCAGGAGGGACCAGUUCAAAGGCCUCUUAAUGCAGGCCCACACUCCGAGGCGAGAGAAGGUCGGAAUUUUCAGGCAGGUCGACGACGGACAGACCCUGGACUGCGAUAACGAGGGGGACGCCGUAUCACACAACAACGCGAAUUUAAAGAGCCAAGUGAGAGCGCUAUGGCAUCCCAAUGGCUACUCGGGCCCGGUGAGGUUCAGAGCCACCAUGUUAAAGAGCUACGGAACCUACUGGACAGACAUACUAUCUAAUCCCUUGGUGGUUUAAGAUCCGGUUCGUGUAAUUGUGAUCAAGCCGAUAAAUAAUGACACACAAAGAGAAGCAGUUGAUAAGAACAGUUUAGAUGGGUAUUAAUACUUGUAUUUUUUAAGGAUAAAGCAGAUGCAGAUAAGGAUAUUUUAUAUGUGUAUUGAAUACGUAAUAUGAUCGUCUUUUUUCUGACAUGAUUAUCAGGCUGUGUAUAUGAUUUUUUUGACGUUUUGUUGAAUAAAGUGAUGUUUUUCCCUAAA